AUGCAUUGUGAGGCAGGCCGGCUGGCCCCGGGCCCCUCUCAGGCUAGAGUCGCGGGGCGCUCUCGUGCCGUCCCCGCGACCCUCCCGCGCUCCUUCACCCGCAGCCGGGGCCACGCCGCCCGACCCGCUAGGCGCUGCCUGGCGUCCCAGCGGGAGGCAUGUCGGGCCCCUCAGCUGCCCUCCGCUCCUCGCCACUUCACUGCGCGCCGGCGGCUGCCUGGCUGGCACUCUGUUCCGGCCGUCUCGGCUAGGCGCAGCUCUGCGCCCCUCAGCGCCGCCGUGCGGGCCCUGCCACCGCGUUCCGCUCCCUUCCCCUCGCCCGCGCCUCUCCUCUCCCGCCUGUCCGCCUGCUGCUCGCUGCCGGCUCCGCGUUGCUCCCUGCCUGGCUCGCGCACUCCUAGGCCAGCCGGCUGGUGCUCUGCCAAGUCUUCGGGCUUUGCUCGUGCUCCGGCCGUUUGCCUGGGCCGGUCCCGGGCGGGCUCCGCACUGGCUCUGCACCCGCCGUUCCCAGAGUUCCGGCUCAGGCGGGCCACCUUGCUCCUAGGAGCGCCACAGGCGCCGGACGCGGACACUGGGCUUCACUUAGCGCGCCUCUUGCUUCCGCCUCUCGUUCGCACCGCUGUGGCGGCCGCCCAGCAGCACGGCCCCGUGGCUCCUACUGGCCAUGCCCCCUCAGUCUGUCGCCAUCUUCCGCUGUGCAGAGAACACCUUGAGAGCCCGUGUGCGAGUGUGUUUGGGGGGAGCGGGGCGGAGAAAGAGGCACCAGGAGGAGGAGGGAACGAGACUGGGGCCCCAACUGCGCCUGCGCCUCAGGACUAACCCCCCCCCCCUCCACAUACACACACACACUCCCAGUCCCCCGCCGGCCGCAGCCUGUGCUGUUUGAGUAUGUUUUCAGUCCACCCCCAACUCCAUUCACUUCAGUGCCUUCUUUCGUUUGCCCGCCCCCCGACUUCCCCGCCCUGUGUGCACCCCACAUGCUGAGUCCCCUUCCAGGCGCUCCCCCUCCCCCACCAACUCUGGCACCAAUCCCCCCCCCCCGAGCCCCCGCCCUCCCCAGGGCUCGCGGACUUCUGAGGCUGAUUCUUGGAGGCAGAAGACAGGAGACAUCUCCAUAGCGUCUCCCUGCGUCCCUGAGUCGCCUCCCCCAUUCCCGUGACUCGGAGGCACUGGAGCCGGCUGCGGAUCGGACCAGUCCCGAGUCCCUAACUCUGCUGUCGUCUUCAAUGUCCUGCCCGAGACCAAGGUGGCCCCUGGUGCUGGAGGAUAGCUCUCAGUUUAGCCACAGAAGAGGACCGAGCUUGGAAAGCGUCCUGGAAGGGGCAAGGUUACAGGGAGUAGCUGUGCGAGAGUAAGGGAAGCUGUGCGGCCGGAUGGAGACAUGUGCUUUGGGCCCUCACAGAGUCACAUGGUACUAGAAACUUGGACGUACAAACACCCUGCCGCGCCACUAACCUUAUUUAGACUUCACAAAAUCUCAGACUACUCCUAUUGUUUACUUUCUUUCCUCAUUCUUUCUUAUUCUCUAAAACUCUCACGUUCUAGUUUUUAGCUAACUAUUGCCAGCAAGGAUUUGUUAAUAAUGAUAACAAUAAAGUAAAUAGCUUUUAUUGAGCUCA